CACAGGGUGGCGAGGGUUGGCAGAUGGAUCUUGACUCAUAGGAAGUACAAAGGCUGGUUGAUGUUGGGCUGGCACUGGGGAAAGCUCAGUCCGGAGCUGGAAGCUUUCAGGUCGGGAACCAUGAACGUCGUCUCGCUCGUGUUCCUGUUGAACGCCGCUCUACCGGCAGGAGGUUCUUCGCUCUAUAACUUGGUUCUGAGCACCGACAGUCCCAUCACCACAGGUGCCGAGGGCUUGGUGGAGGCCCGGCUGAUACACAGGGCUGGGGCGCAACUCGUUCCCCGCUUCCUCGCCUUCCACUGGGACGUGCCGAGGCCGCUGUCCGUCGUGCGCCGCUCGGAGGGAGAGCUGGACAGCGCCCUGGUCGUGCGCAGCCGGGCUCCGGGCUUCUACCGACUCCGCGCCUGGGUGAGCCGAGCCGAGUGUUGGAGGUGUCCGCCGCUUGCCCGCGGGGUUACAGUCCUGCGUGUGGCAGACUCCGUAAUGGGAACAGUUUCAUUGACACAAACGAACAGAAGUGUCACUUCUUUGACCAAUGUGUAUGAACUGGCCACAAACACACCAACAAAAAUCUCAUUCAUCCUCUACGACCCCAGCGGAUAUUUCAACACGGCAUCGUUCCGCUACAGCUGGCGCUUUGGAGAUGGGGAGCGAGCUGUCACAAAUGAUUCAAGUGUGUUCCACAUCUACCCAAAGGCAGGCGUUUACCAAGCUCACGUUGAUGUCCUUGCGUCCCUCAGCCACUUCCGGAGGAAGACUGGCAUCUUCGGUGCCACACUGAGCCUCCUAGAUCCAAUCAAGGCAAUUGAGAUCAAGAGCACAGAUGACAAGCGUACAAGUGACAUCCGCAAUUUCCAGUUGCAUAUUAAUGGCAGCCCACCACUGCAGAUCUGCUGGCUGCUCUCCCAGGACUGUACCCCCAUCGUCGGCCACAAGUGUCAGCCGGUACAUCUGGAGCACUCGCGCAACUACAACCUGAGCCACAGCCCGGCCUCUCCGGGACCGUACUCCUUAAGCGUGCGGGCUGAGAACAACGUGAGCACCUUCCAGACCUGCUACAGGGUAACCUCGUGGCAAAGUGGUAUUCACCAGGUGUGGUUCAUUGUUCUCAGUGUGACCCUAUUGACUGUGCUUCUGCUUGUCAUUCUGUCCACCAUGGUGAGGAACCACAGACCCCGGAAAAACUUUGUUGAGGUAGCAGAUUUUGACUUCUGUCCAAGCAAAGGGAAGCUGGUGCACGAGAAGCGAGCUUGGCCGGGGACGGUCGCUUCCCCCUGCUGCGGAACGGGUCUGACCCUGGGCAGGGAGUCACGGAGCCACGGCAUCAGGGAGGCCCACCCCCUCCUGAAGUUCAGCGGCAGCCCCCCGCAGGACUACCGCACCUGGGAGCGCCGCUCCACUGCGCCCGGGGCCGGCCACUCCCCCAGCUACGACAACAAUGCUCGUUCGCACAGCGCUUCUGGGAGCACGGGAUGAAAGCUAGGUGGCUCCCAGGCGGCACCGCGGCAAAGAGAGUAGAGCCCUGGAGACCUGACGUCCGCCGCCGUCUGUGUGGAGUUCGAUAUUGGUACUGUUUUUAUUAGAGAGAGAUCACAUUGGGGGAAAGAUCCCCCACAUCCUUCUGAGCAUCAACUGAAGGCCCAGAGACAACUAACGCUCCUGAAAAGUUAACUUCUUGAUCCUGAGAUCAUCUGACCUCCUCUGGACCUUUUCCAAUGCCAGCACAUCCUUUCUUCGAUAAGGGGCUCCAAACUGUUCACAAUACCCCAAAUGCAGUCUGAGCAAUGCUUUAUAAAGCCCCAGCGUUACAUCAUUACUUUUAUGUCUGGUCCUCAGAAUUGGAAUCAGAAUCGGGUUUAAUGUCUCUGGCACACGUCAUGAAAUUUGUUGUCUCUGCGGCAGCAGUACAAUGCAAUACAUGAUAAUAGAAAACAAGACAUGAAUUAUAGUAUGUAUAUAUAGUUAGAUUAAAUAAGUAGUGUAAAAAUAGAAAUUAAAAAGUAGUGAGGUAGCAUUCAAUGUCCAUUCAGAAAUCGGAUGGCAGAGGGGAAGAAGCUGUUCCUGAAUCGCUGAGUGUGUGCCUUCAGGCUUCUGUCCCUCCUUCCCGAUGGUAGCAAUGGGACCAGGGCACGUCCUGGGCAGUGGGUGCUCUUAAUGUCGGAUACCACCUUUCCGAGGCAUCACUCCAUGGAUCCUGGAUCCCGCAGAGGCUGGUGCCCAUGAUGGAGAAGACUAACUUUACAACUCUGGAGCUUAUUUCAAUUCUGUGCAGUAGCCCCGCUCCCUACCCCCGUACCAGACAGUGACGCAGCCAGCUAGAAUGCUCUCCACAGCACAUCUCUGGAAAGCUGAGAGUAUCUUUGGUGACAUAUCAAAUCUCCUCAAACUCCUAAUGAAAUAUAGUCGCUGUCACACCACCUUCAUGAUUGCAUCAAUAUGCUGGGCUCAGGAUUGACCUUCAAGGUUUAGUGCAAGUUUAUAGUUGCAACACCACUUAACCAGCUGAUCUAUCGCGCUCCUGUGUGCCUCCUCAUCACCAUCUUGCAUCCUACAGACAACAGUUGGGUCAUCGGCCAUUUUAUAGAUGGUGUUUGCACUAUGUCCAAGCACAGCAUUGGGUGUAGAGACAGGAGAGCAGUAGGCUGAUGAAGUGUUCUUGAGGAAUGCACUAGAUGGGCUGAAUGGCCAGCGUUGUUAACCCAGAGGGUAAACAAAACAACAGUAGGCACUGAAGCAGUUCAGAGACAGUUUUUUUUUGACAAAGGACUGACAGAAAUUAACAUAUUAAUGGGCGCCACAGUAAUGUAGUAGUUAGCACAACAGUAUUACAGCUCAGGGCAUUAAAGUUCGGAGUUCAAUUCUGGCGCCAUCUGUAAGAAAGCUUAUAUAUUUUUCCCACGAGAAUGCAGGUUUCCUCUGAGUGCUCUGGCAUUCUGCCCACAGUCCGAAGAUGUACAUGGGUAGGUUAAUUGGUCAUUGUAAAUUGUCCUGUGAGGGUUAGCUGGGUUGCUGAGUGUCACAGUUCAAGAGGAUGGAAGGGCCUAUUGUACUGUAUCUCGAAAUAAAAAUAU